AUGACGGUUUGGUGCUGCCGCUGCUCCCUGGCCAGUCACUUCAGAAACUACUGUAGCCCUGAAACUGAAGGACACUUUUUGAAUUCCUUAGUGCAGUAUUUUGGUGACAACCUUGGGACAAAUGUUAAAACAAUGCCCUUACUAGAAGAAAACACUCUAUCUGUGGACCCACCACUGACUUUGCCAGUGGUAGUAAUAGGUAACGGACCUUCAGGAAUUUGCCUCUCUUACAUGCUGUCAGGAUAUAGGCCAUAUUUGUCUCCUAAAGCAGAACAUCCAAAUCCUAUUUUGCAUAAUAAAUUAAAAGAAGCUAGUCAUCUUUCUCUUGUUGAUCAGGACUUAGAGUACUUGGCCGAAGGCCUAGAAGGACGAUCUUCAAAUCCUGUUGCAGUCCUCUUUGACACACUGCUUCAUCCUGAUGCAGACUUCGGGUUUAACUAUCCACCUGUUCUUCACUGGAAACUGGAACCUCAUCAUUAUAUCCCUCACAUAGUGCUUGGCAAAGGACCACACGGUGGGGCUUGGCAUUCUAUGGAAGGUUCUAUGCUGACCAUUAGCUUUGGAGACUGGAUGGAAUUACCUGGAUACACAUUUAAAGACUGGGCUGCUACGAAGCGAAGAAAUAUAAAGUGUGACAGAGUUCUGCCAGAAGAAAUUGCCAGCUACUACAAGCACUAUGUUAAAGUCAUGGGCUUACAGAAGAACUUCAGAGAAAACACCUAUAUAACAUCUGUAUCAAGGCUUUAUAGAGAGCAGGACCAUGAAGAUGAAAUCCAAGUGAGUGCAGAUGUUUUGCCACAACAUUUGCAACUGGAAGAGCAAGGUGGGCAGACUGCACUGAUAAAGAGAAACUGGGAGAUCAGAGGUUAUCAGAGGGCAGCAGAUGGCUCUCAGGUGCCAUUCUGUUUGUUUGCUGAGAAUGUGGCUCUUGCCACUGGAACUUUUGAUGCUCCUGGCCGACUCCAAGUUGAAGGAGAAGACUUCCCUUUUGUGCUCCAUUCCAUAUCUGAUUUUGGAGCUACCAUAGACAAAGGAAUAUUACGUGUGAAAGCAGACCCUGUCUUGAUCAUAGGUGGUGGACUCACAGCAGCUGAUGCAGUUCUGUGCGCUUAUAACAAUAACAUCCCUGUAAUCCAUGCAUUCCGAAGGAGGGUUACCGACCCAAGUUUAAUUUUCAAACAGUUGCCUAAAAAGCUUUACCCAGAAUACCAUAAGGUCUACCAUAUGAUGUGUACUCAGUCAGUUACUACGGACUAUAAUUUGCAUCCUGCUUAUACCAGUUUUCCUGAACAUCGAGUAGUUUCAUUUCAGCCAGAUAUGAAGUGUGUCCUUCAGAGUGCCUCUGGAUUGAAGAAGAUCUUAAAGUUCUCUGUAGCCUUAGUAUUAAUAGGUUCUCAUCCUAACCUAUGCUUCCUAAAGGACCAAGGCCAGGGUAUAGGCCAUCAUCCAGAUGAACCAAUUACGUGCAAGGGUAACCCUAUUGAAAUCGACCCAUAUACCUAUGAGUGCACAAAGGAGCCUAAUCUUUUUGCAGUAGGUCCGCUGGUUGGAGACAAUUUUGUACGCUUUUUAAAAGGAGGGGCACUGGGUAUUACACGACACUUGGUUACAAAGCCGAAGAACCAUCAUCAACUGAUAGUUGAAAGAGAAGGAGAUGGAGUGCACUAAAGCAACAGCCAUAGACAUUACUCUUAAGGAACUACAGGCAUAUGCUAAUAAGUGGCCCAUUAACAUCUUAAGUUAUUGAGAGCCCUGUUUUUGUUAUACAUACCAGUUCUUCAUGCUUGCACUGCCUCGUAGAGGAGGAUACUACAGUGUUCCAGCCUUUGCAAAAUAUAAAAAUAUUGUCUGUUUUUCUGGAGUUGCUUCCACUUAAAACAGUAAAUCAUGAUAACUUGCGCCGAUUUGCUUUGGUUUCAUACCCUAAUGAGAGCAUGUUACCUCUCGAGAAAGUUUUUGCCCACAAGCUAAUUGCUUUACUAUACAAAGCUAGAACAAGAUCUAACAAUAGAAACUUCUCCUUAAGAUAAAUUAAAGCAGAUAUAGAGUAGGGUAUUUCAUGCAAAGUCU